GCAGACAUAGUGCAAGCGUCAGUGCAGCUCGCGGCGCGCGACGCAACUUCGCAAAGAGAUGCUGUACAGGAGGAGCCGGCAAGCUUCGGGUGGCCUGCCGAUGAGCUGUCUGCCUUUGAACACUCAAAGGAAGACAGAGCUGCUGGUUGGACGCCGCUUAGCGACGCGUCUCCAAACCUUCAAGAGGUUGAUGUGAGGUCCUUCAGCUGGCCCGAAAGCAGCGCAGCUUUUGGUCAACAGCCUUUGGGCCAAGCGACGGCAUGGCCACAGGAUGACAUGGUGCUUGCGUUUGGGCAGCCUGAGGUCUCAGAGGCUGCUACCCCCAACACAGGGUGGACGCCGGACGCUUUUGGUUGGCCUGUGGCUGCGACCCCCACUCAAACAACAGCAGACGUAUGGGGCUUCCCAGCUUGGCCCGGCGAGGCGCACGUCGAUGCAGCCGCGUCAGAGGCAAGGCCACAAGCUUCACAGGGGAGUCAGCCUCUUCAAGAGUCUCCGAAGGCAGAGCGAAAGGCCCAGAGCACCUCGCCUCCAAAGCGUCCUGCCUUGCGCCGGAGUGCUACGCAGGCCUCCAGUGAGAGCCCUUCAAAGAGGAGCAUUGAAGCAGAUGGAGUUCAUGCUGAGGAGGCCGAAAGAAGCUCACCCAGCCGUCGCCCGCAGCUGCGGCGCAGCGCCACGCAGGGUGACAGCAGCUCCCCGAGCCGACGAGCGAACCUGACCUGGGGCACGGCGCCAGCUGGGCCGCCGGAUGUUCGCUUUGGGGAGGAUCCCAGUCCAAACUUGAAGGAGCACAUGGCGCAGUUCAUGCCUUGGUAG